AUGCCGCCUACGCACCACAUCUCCGGUACCUCUCGUGCCCUCUACCGUGUCUUCAUCGCUCCGAAUCUGCGCAACACGACAUCAAUCCCACUCCUCUACGCCCCAGCUUUUGCGCCAACUCCGUCUCCGAACUCUCUCUCCUCGUCCACGCCCACGCUCACGAGCCGAACCACAACCCGCGGGAUAAAGUACACAAAAGAUACCCGCCGCCAUGCCAUCUCAGACUACUACGUCAUCGACAAAGCCAUCGAAGCUGACUUUAUAAACCUCGUCGACGAAGAGGGUGCCAUUCACAAGAACGUCCCUCUACAGGAGGCGCUGUCAAGCAUAAACAAAGUCACCCACCACGUUGUACAAAUGGUACCUGGAAAGUACGAUCAAGAUGGCUUCCUAGAUCCAGAGAGCUUGCCAACAUGCCGCGUUAUUUCCAAAAUUAACCUACGCGCCCAACACCAAAAGAAACUGGACACAAUGCGACGGCAAGCCAAGGGGCUGAGUGCGGGGUCAGGACUUUCUUCAAAAACGUUGGAAUUGAAUUGGGCAAUUGCGCCGGGGGAUCUGAAGCAUAGGCUGGCUGCCAUGAAGAAGUUUCUGAAGGAAGGGCGCAAGGUGGAGGUUAUGCUUGGGCCGAAGAAGGCUGGUAGGAAAGCGACGCUGGAAGAGGCGGAUGCGGUGAUAACGGCCAUUGACGAAGCGGUGGAAGAGUGCAAGGGAUCGCGAGAGACUAAGCGCGAGGGACAGGUUGGGGGUAUCCUGAAGGUUACAUACGAGGGCAAGAAGAUUGAGAAGGAGAACAAGUAG